AUGACCUACACUACUCAUGACGUGGUGAUUGUGGGAGCUGGUCCAGUUGGACUCUUCCUCGCUUGCGAACUACGCCUUGCCGGUCUCUCCGUUCUGGUGGUCGAGAAACGAACAAAUUCGGACGGCAUGGCGGAAACGCGUGCCUUUGUGAUGCAUGGUCGAUCUUUGGAAAUCUUCGCCUCUCGCGGUCUGCUCGACUCUUUCAUUGAAGCGGGUCAAAAGACCGACUGGUGGCAUUACGGUGUUCUCGACACUCGUCUUGAUUACAGUGUUUUCGGCCGUGAAACGGACCAGAACUACUUGUUACUCGUGCCUCAGUACAAAACCGAGAUGAUCUUAUUUCAGCGCGCCGUGGAUCUGGGUGCAGUGAUUAUCAAGGGUGUCCAGGUCGAUUCAAUAGACGAAUCCGGGCCUUAUGUCGUUGCGAGGGGUUUCUACUCCAAUAACAAACCUUUCACUGCCAGCGGGAAAUACCUCGUCGGUGCGGACGGUGUUCGCAGCACGAUCCGCAAAAUCGCCAACAUCGAGUUCACUGGCAAUCCACCUGUCAAUACAGUCAUGAGUGGCGAGGCUACACUAGGCACGGCCAUGCCGAAUCCCUACAUUGUUCACAACGAGCACGGCCUAGUUAUCGCCGCUGACCUGAGGGUCCCCAGCGGAAGAACCCGCCUAAAUGUGUUCGCGAGUGAUCGCGGCACGGUUCCUGAGUCAGUUGAAGUGACUCUUGAGGAGAUGAAUCAGAGCUUGCAGAAAAUAACCGGCGUUGACUACAAGCUUUCUAACCCUUGCAUGCUAAAGCGUUUCAGCAACGAACAACGGCUAGCGACAACGUAUCGCCAAAAUCGGAUUUUCAUCGUCGGAGAUGCAUGCCAUAAACACCUCCCAGCCGGCGGCCAGGGCUUAAAUGUCGGUCUCCAAGAAGCUCUGAAUUUAGGAUGGAAACUUGCGGCAGUCAUCUCCAAGUCCGCCCCUGCUUCGUUACUCGAUACGUACGAAGAAGAACGAUGGCCAAUUGCCAAGGCUGUUGUCCAAAACACAACUUCACAGUCACUCUUAUUUUUUGCCUCGUCUGGCCCAGAAUGGGCGGUUAGGGAAGCGAUCGACAAGCUUCUGCGUGUACCAGAGGCCAACAAGCGUUUGGCUAGGGAGAUCAGCGGAUUUUCUGUUGCCUACCCCAAAUCGCUGGAUAUGAUACUUCCAGACGGAUGGCGAGCCCUACCAGAGAACAUUCAGGGAAAGCGUGCAUUGAAUGUAAAGAUGAGAUUACCAGAUGGGAUGGUAACCGAACUCCGUGAUUACACCCAAGACGGACGAUGGAUCCAGUUGCACCUUCCUGGAAAGCAUAUCAUUGAACUCCGGCCUCCUCCGGCAUUUGGUAACUGGACGACGGUAGUGGAAGUUGUCGACAUGCCAGAUGAAGAAGAGAAGACGAGCUUGUAUAUGUGCGGAGUGAGAGAGAUGCUGAUCCGCCCGGAUGGCUAUUUGGCCUUUGGUCGAAUGGACGACUAG